AUGCCCGUGCCGAGUGGGCGCGACUCGGGGAGGGGGAGGCGCGAGGGCAAGCUGGGGGCGUACGACUUCCGGGCGAUCGAGCGGAAGUGGCAAGUCGUGUGGAAUUCGAAGCGGCUGCUGGAUAGGGACUUCGCGCGGUUCAACCGGCGCGCCGGGGGGGGCAGCGUUGCAGGCGGCGAUGGAAGUAGCGUGGGCGAAGGAGGCGUUGCAGGCGGCGAUGGGAGCGGCGAGGGUGAGGGAGGCAUUUCCAGCCGCCUCUCGGGCGAGCCUAAACUUGAUCGGGGGGGGAAGCCCGCCAGGCGGAAGUUCUACGUGCUGGACAUGUUCCCCUACCCGUCGGCGCAGGGCCUGCACAUGGGGCACAUCCUGUGCUUCACCAUAACGGACGUGCUGGCCAAGUUCAAGCGAAUGACCAACCAUUGCGUCUUCCACCCCAUCGGAUGGGACAGCUUCGGACUGCCAUGCGAUAGGAUGUCUAUGAGGAUGAAAGUAGACCCCAGAAAAAUCAUUCAAAAAAAUAUACUAAAUUUUAAAAAACAGCUACUGAAAAUGGGGUUCCUCUUCAACUGGGAAAAUGAAAUUAACACAUCAGAUGGAGGCUUCUACAAAUGGACGCAGUGGAUUAUCAUUCAGAUGUAUUUAAGAGGCCUGGGUUAUAAGAAAAUGUCUUAUGUUAAUUGGUCGAACGAAAUUAACUGUGUAAUGUCAAAUGACGAAAUGAAGAAUGAGGCGAAUUUGGAAGGGUUAAAGGUAACCAAGAGGAAGCUCCUGCAGUGGUACCUCAAAAUUACGAAGUACGCCAACAGACUGAUUGAAGAUUUGAAGGACAUCGACUGGCCACAGAAGAUCAAACAGAUGCAAAUUAAUUGGAUAGGCAAGAGAAGAGGCAUCAUUCUAAAGGCGAGGGUGAUACCUACCGGUGAGUGGGCAGCUGGGGAUCUCCUUCGCAUCCCUUCGGAUUGUAUCACCCCGCAUGUUUGUUAUCAUAGCAUUUACGCCAACGAUGGGGUGACUCUCCUUUUGAAUUAUCUGUACCGUCAGGGGGGGGGCUCUUACGACUUCUUCGCUUCGUUUGUUAGAACGUCGAAUGAGAAGCAUCCCAUUCUGGAGGGAGACAGCCAAAUGGAACGCCUCAUUUAUGAUGAGGACGCUGUGCAAGAUGUGCUGAGGGCGAUCAAACCGAGGGCUUCCAUAUUGGGACUACCCCCUAACGGGAGGGAGAAAAAACAUCUGCUGAGUUUCACCACAGAUGGUGAAGAAAAGGAGGAGGAUUUAUAUGUGAAAAUAUUUUUAAACGAAAAGGAGGCCAUCUUCCAAGGGGACAAAUUAUUAGUGAGCGUCAAUCAUCCGAACAUCCACCAGAUAGUGAAUGGGAACGAAUCUUUACUAGCCUUCGUGAGCGAAGCAGUCAGGCAGAACGACACGGAGAGGCUGAAGAAUGAGCGGAUCCUCUUCACAGGCUCUGUUAUUUACAACCCCAUAAUAGGGAAAUACAUCCCCAUAUACGUUUGCUCUUACGUGUUAGAGAAUAAUGGGCACUUGCUGUUCGUUAAAAGGGGGAGGAGAGAACAAGUGGGAGAGACUUCCAAAGGGGAAGAGGUCCUCCACAAAUUGCUGUCCGCAUCGAAGUAUAGCAAAGGGUGCAGCGUGUACAAUUUGAGGGACUGGUUGUUUUCGAGGCAGAGGUACUGGGGCGAGCCCUUUCCCUUUCUCUUCCCAGUGGGGGGCACCCAACAGGAGCACCCAAAUGGGGAGCAAAUCCCCACUGUGAGCAAUAAACAGAAGGAGCACCCAAAUGGGGAGACUACCCCCCUGUGUAGUUCCCCCCCGAGGGAUAUCUACAUAGAUGACGUCCCUGUGCAUCUGCCAAAGUUCCACAAAAGAAUAUACGAAUUGGGUUCCAGUAGACACAGUGAAGGAUCUCCCUCCGUUCUCUCCAGAUUUAAGAAGUGGGCUUUCCAAAGGAGAGAAAAUAAUCUUUACAAGAGAGAAUGCGACAUCAUGCCUCAGUGGGCAGGCUCUAGCUGGUACUUCUUAAGGUACUUGGACUCUAAGAAUUCGAAUUGCAUUUUUAACAAAGAGAGGGCCAAUUUUUGGAUGCCUGUGGACCUGUACGUUGGGGGGAGUGAGCAUGCUGUGCUGCAUCUGCUGUACGCGAGGUUUUUUCACAAGUUUCUGUACGACCUUAAGCUGGUUAGCCAUAAGGAGCCCUUCCAGAGGCUCUUCAACCAGGGCCUCCUCCUGAGCGCCACUUCGUUCUUUGCCUACACGACGUUGGAGGGGGAGUUGGUUAGUUAUGCAACGGUGAGGGGGGAAGCGGCGGAGGGGCCCCCGCAGGGGGGCAGCACGAAGAGUACCCAUGGGAAGGAUGCCCCCCCGGGUGGAAGCGGCCAACUUGGAAAAGAGGGCCAACAGUCCGUUUCCGACCAACCGCCCUUACCUGACCAACUUAACUGCACCACUGAGAAGGCCCUGCGAGGAACGGGCCCAACCGCCCAGGGGAAGAAGUACACGAAGCGCCAAAUUCCAGAGGAGCUGGUGGUGCAGAGAGAGGGGAGAUAUUUUUUGAAGGAGGCCCCACACGUGGAAGUCAAAGCCAAUUAUGAAAAAAUGUCCAAGUCGAAAGGAAACACAGUGAACCCGAACGAUAUUGUGAAGAAAUAUGGGUCCGAUUGUCUCCGGCUGUAUAUCCUAUUCUUAGGACCUAUAGAUCAGAACAAAAAAUGGGACCUCAAGGGGAUAAAAGGGACCUACAAAUUUUUGAACAAUUUAUAUAGCUUGUUUGUGGAGGAUGUAAAAGGAGCCUCUCCCUUGGGGGGGGAGAAGAUACCACAGGAGUGUAACGCCACUAUCGAGGUUAACUCUGGAGUUCCCCCAAAUGGAGGCCAUAAUUUUGUGGAGACCCACCGCGAACAAAGCAACGACCAUAUAAUUUGCACCAAGUGUAGGAGGAAAAAACGGAACAAGCAGAUGAUUCUCCAAUUUGAAAUGAUGAAAAGUGGGGGGGGGAGCCAACAUGAAGCAGAAUUCAACCGUGGGAGGCAAAGGGAAGCAUUAAAACGUAGUAUAAACUCACUAUGUAGUGAGGACCACUCGCUCAAACAGCUAUCAGACGUGAUUGUAAAAAAAAGGGGAAGCGAAAUUGAACGGGAGAAGAAAGAAAGGGCAAAUUAUUACAUUCACAAAAUAACGAGGUGCCUAAACAGUAUGAAGCUGAACACAGCCGUCUCCUUCUUCAUGACAUUCUUUAACGAAAUUAAAAAGUGGGAUUACAUCCCCUUGAAAAUCUUUUUAAUCUUUGUGAAGUUACUGUUCCCCUUCUGCCCGCACAUCUCCGAGGAGUUCUGGUUCUUCUACUUGAAGAAAUACAAACCGGAGAGAAAGCAGAUUUGUUAUUUCUGCAAUUCUAGCCUGAUGUACUUCUCGCGAUGGCCCUCCUUAUUCCGGUUGGAGGCUCCACUGGUGGGUAGGCUCUCCAUCCGGUUGAAUAACCGCCACGUGGCCUUCAUGGAGGUGGAGCGGCGCAACGGCUUGGGGGAGUUACCCAGUUUAGAGAGUUAUCAGCAUUCGGAGCGCCCCCCAAAUGAAGAGCCGGCGGAACGCCCCACAAAUGAAGAGCCAGCGGAGCGCCCCACAAGUGAAGAACCGGCGGAACGCUCACAGGGCAUCAUUCGUGAGGCCACAAACAGGAUAAAGGACCGAAUCGAAAGGGAGAAGAAACGGGGCAAACGACUCGUCAACGUGUUGUAUAUUCCCAACAGGGUCGUAAAUUUUGUCCUCAAGUGA